GCCGGUCAGCUGACCCGCGGCUGCGCCGUCACCCGGCUAUAAGCCGCGACCUCGGAGUCCGCCCGGUGCCCGCCGCCUGCUCCGACCCGCCGCCGCCAUGCAGCCCCCGCGCCUGCUGCUCCUCCUCGGCCUCCUGGCCGCGCCCGGCGCCGCGCUGAUCCGAAUCCCGCUGCACAAGUUUACGUCUAUCCGCCGGACCAUGUCGGAGGUGGGAGGCCCCGUGGAAAAACUGAUCGCCAAGGCCUCCACUUCAAAAUAUGCCCAGGGGGUGCCCGCUGUGACCGGGGGGCCCGUCCCCGAGGUGCUCAAGAACUACAUGGACGCCCAGUACUACGGGGAGAUCGGCAUCGGGACGCCUCCACAGUGUUUCACUGUUGUCUUCGACACCGGCUCCUCCAACCUGUGGGUCCCGUCGAUCCACUGCAAGCUGUUGGACAUCGCCUGCUGGAUCCACCACAAGUACAACAGCGGCAAGUCCAGCACCUACGUGGAGAAUGGCACGGCCUUCGACAUCCACUACGGCUCGGGCAGCCUCUCCGGGUACCUGAGCCAGGACACCGUGUCGGUGCCCUGUAAUUCGGGUCUGGCAUCCCUGGGCGGCGUCAAGGUGGAACGGCAGGUCUUCGGGGAGGCCACCAAGCAGCCGGGCAUCACCUUCAUCGCGGCCAAGUUCGACGGCAUCCUGGGCAUGGCCUAUCCCCGCAUCUCGGUCAACAACGUGGUGCCCGUCUUCGAUAACCUGAUGCAGCAGAAGCUGGUGGAGAAGAACAUCUUCUCUUUCUACCUGAACAGGGACCCGAGUGCUCAGCCAGGGGGCGAGCUGAUGCUGGGCGGCACCGACUCCAAGUACUACAAAGGCCCCAUCGCCUACCUCAACGUCACCCGCAAAGCCUACUGGCAGGUCCACAUGGAUCAGGUCGACGUGGGCAACGGCCUGACCCUGUGCAAGGAGGGCUGUGAGGCCAUCGUGGACACGGGCACCUCCCUCAUUGUGGGCCCCGUGGACGAGGUGCGCGAGCUGCAGAAGGCCAUCGGGGCCGUGCCGCUCAUCCAGGGAGAGUACAUGAUCCCCUGCGAGAAGGUGUCCAGCCUCCCCGAGGUCAUCCUGAAGUUGGGGGGCAAAGACUACAAGCUGAGCGCGCAGGACUACACCCUCAAGGUGUCACAGGGCGGGAAGACCAUCUGCCUCAGUGGCUUCAUGGGCAUGGACAUCCCCCCACCUGCGGGGCCGCUCUGGAUCCUGGGUGACGUCUUCAUCGGCCGCUACUACACCGUGUUCGACCGCGAGGAGAACCGUGUGGGCCUGGCCGAGGCCGCCAAGCUGUAGCCACCUGCCCACCGGCAGGAGAGGAGGAGAAUCGUGGGAGGAGGCAGCGCCCGCCCUCCCGGCUGCCCCGCCUCCCCCACCCCCACCCCACACACACACUCACUCACACUCACACUCACCUGCAGCGGCUCGGCUCCCCAGGCUGCCGUGUGGCAGGCGCUGUUUUGUGGUUUUCCCUUCCCUGGUUGCAGAAGCCGCCUGUCUGUCUGUCUGUCUGUCUGUCUGUCUGUCCGAUGGAGGGCGGGGCUGGGGCAGCCAGUAGGCUCAUUCGUGCUCAGAGCCCUUUCACUCACCGAAGACCCAGCUCGGGCUCGGUUGUGCAUCCCAGGACCCCCUUCCUCCCCCCGUCCCCUCCCAGCCUGGGCCUCAGGGCUGGCCGCCCCGGCGGAGCGUCUGGCUGAGCCGCUGCUCUGCACCCGACUGCCUUCCUGGUCCCCUCUCCACCCAGCCUGGGGCCCGGAGCUGGGCAGUGCCGCCCCCACCCGUCCAUUCAUCUCAGGGCCGGCAGGAAGGAGACGAGUCAGCCCUGUGGGGCCUGUGGGUCUUCCUGGGGCCUGACCCCACCUGGAAGGGCAUGGGCUGGCCCGGGGAGGAGGGCUGGGGGAGGGGAGAGUGCCUUCUCUGAGGCUGCCCCUUCUUGAGUGGCCAGGAGCCAGACCUGGAAAUAAAGUUGUGGAUCUGUG